AACUGCCCCCACUGUUUAUGUCAUGCAUGUUCAAGCUUUCCCCGUUUAGAGCUUGAUCUGUACAUAAUUACAGUACAAUCUCCUGUCUACUCACACUGUGCUAAAUAUAUAAUCAGUGGUGGAAAAUUACUCAUAUUUACUUGAAUAAAAACAGCAAUGCCACAGUGUAAAAAUACAUAUUACAAGUAAAAGUCUUGCAUUCAAAAAUUUACCAAAGUACAGAGGUAUCUGCCAGAUGUAGCCUAGAUAAAAUCACAAGUCAAAGUACUUAUCAUACAGAACAUUCCUGGAUUAUGUUUUUGGCUGGAUUUCAAUGUUGUAGUUGAUCAAGACCUUGCAUGCAGGCCCCAAAAACUAAGAAUCAGCUUCACUAGGAUACAAUAACAACUAAGAUGGGUCUUGCAUUAUCACAGAAUAUUGUCUUACGCAGAGGCCCUGUGACAAAACCUAAUUUUCAGUCUUGAUUUUAGUUUAUAUUGUGUUCAGAUGGUGCAUAUUCCUAAAACAAAGUUUAAUUAAACGAUACCAACCAGCCAUGAUAUUGUAACCUAACGCGUUUUUGACUUAAAUCUUGAGUAUUAAAGUAACCAGUAACAAAAGCAUAUCAACAAAUGUAAUGGAGUAAAGACGAUAAUAUUGAAUUCUGAAAUGUAAUCAACUAGAUGUAAAAAGUGUCAAAAUUGUACUCAAGUACAUUAUUUGAGCAAAUGUACUUAGUAACUUUUGACCACUGUGCAUAACUCCUACUUCCAGACACUUUUUCUUUGUAAUUAUCUAUUUUUUCCUAUACUUUCCUUUUUUGUAUUAUCAGUCUCUCUGUCUCUGCUCCUGUGUUAUUAUAGCAGUUACGGUAGUCAUCAGUCUAUUCUUCUACCUAUUUUUCGGUAAUAAUGAUAGCUACUGUUCUAAACGAUUUUUAUUCUAGAUUCAUCAUACCUGAAAAGAGCUUUAAGUACUUUAAGUAAAUUGUCCAAAUGUAGCCCCUCCUAACUAAUGAACUUCUGGAAAACAGCGUCACCACCACCCAAAAACAGAGACCCUACUAUCUGCAGUAUUGUCCCGCCUCCUACCACGUCCUCUGCUCCUAUUGGACAGUCACUUGGAAGUUGCCUCGUCUCGUUGAUCCGUCACACGUCACUCAAACGCAACGCGGAACUGUUAGGAGGAGGCGGCAGACAAAAACAAGAUAUAGCCGUGUUACUACGGGAUUAAAAACACAGUUACAGAUGUUGUGGUUGGUUCACAUGGUGAAAGUCUCUUCCGUUACUUAGAGGUACGUCCGUGUGAUGUCACUUUUGGUUAAAUAACCAAGAAAAGAAAGGAUGGUUCAACGUUUCUUGAAAGCCUGAGCUUCAGGUAACUAGCCUACGCCCCUGCGUCAAGAGUGGAAAGAUGUCGACUAAGGAGGGUGGAGAAAGUAAAAACAGUCAACCUGUGGGCAUGUCACCUGAAAGAAUGGCCACUGACAAAAGCAGAGAAAACCAAAACCAGCGGGGAGUCGAGGCAACAGGAGGAACUACAGACACCAGCACAGCAGCUAAAAACUUGGCUUUGCUCAAAGCACACUCUCUGGAUGUGAAGUUUGACGUUGGAGAGGAGUAUGAUAUCAUAGAAACCAUCGGCACGGGAGCCUAUGGAGUUGUUUCAUCUGCCAGGAGACGGGACAGUGGCCAGCAGGUGGCGAUAAAGAAGAUUUCCAAUGCUUUUGAAGUGUUGACAAAUGCCAAACGAACCCUGCGAGAGCUCAAGAUUCUCAAGCACUUCAAACAUGACAAUAUUAUUGCCAUCAAGGACAUCCUGCAGCCAAACCUCCCUCAAUCUGCCUUCAAGUCUGUGUAUGUGGUGCUGGACCUCAUGGAGAGCGACUUGCACCAGAUCAUACACUCUGCUCAGACGCUCACUCCUGAGCACACACGCUACUUUCUAUACCAGCUGCUCCGUGGCCUUAAAUAUGUGCACUCUGCCAAUGUCAUCCACCGUGACCUCAAACCCUCCAACCUGCUGGUGAAUGAGAACUGUGAGCUAAAAAUUGGUGACUUCGGCAUGGCGAGGGGUCUCAGCUCGCACCCCGAGGAGUCUCAUUCCUUCAUGACUGAAUAUGUGGCAACUCGAUGGUACCGUGCCCCUGAACUCCUGCUGUCUCUGAAUCACUAUAGCUUGGCCAUUGACUUGUGGUCUGUGGGCUGCAUCUUUGCUGAAAUGUUGGGGCGUAAGCAGCUUUUUCCCGGGAGGCACUAUGUUCACCAGCUCCAGCUAAUUUUGAAUGUGUUAGGCACUCCCCCUGAGGGUUUAAUUGGUGCUAUUAGAGCUGACCGAGUACGCUCAUACGUUCAGAGUCUUCCAUCACGGUUGGCUGUGCCUUUGGCCAAACUCUACCCACAAGCCGAACCAGAGGCCUUGGACCUGCUUGCAGCCAUGUUGCGCUUUGACCCUCGUGAACGAAUAAGUGUGACACAAGCACUGGAGCAUCCUUACCUGGGCAAGUACCAUGAUCCAGAUGAUGAGCCGAUUUGUGUGCCAGCAUUUGACUUUGAAUUUGACAAGCUUCCGAUGAACAAGGAACAAAUUAAAGAGGCAAUUCUGAUGGAGAUCCAGGACUUUCAUAGAAACAAACAGAGCUGUCGUCAGAGGCUGCAAUUCAGGCCUUUGGCAAGGGUUAAUGGCGGAGCUGCAGCACAAAGAAGCAACCAGUGCAAUGUUCAGGCCUCAGCUGUCAGCCUCACAAAAUCGACUCUGGUUCCCAUGGCACAACACUCUCAAGCAGCACAGAUACAGCAAAUGAGAGAAGUGAAACCUCAACAGCAACAAAACCAUACACCAGCAAAAGGGAAUUGUACCUUUACAAAUCAGAUGCAAACCUUUAAUAAGCCUGCAUCCCUUUUAGAAGUUGGGCCACCUCGUGUGACGCAUAAUCUGCUUCUCCUCUCCAAAAAUGAAAGUGGCCCAGUUGACGUGGACAUGCCCAGUGCCAACUCAGACAGCGGUCAGCCGGAGACGAUAGAUUUAACAACACCAGUGUCUAGUCAGGACGCCCCCUCAGAAACUAUGAGAGACAGUGAGGCACAGGAGCAGCUAACCAGUAGUCAAGCUCCACUGACUCAGCCCACCCAGAGCCAGUCCAUGACCCAGGCUCCCACCAGUAUUCCUGCAACGCCAGCACAGACCAUGACACCCCUACCCACCACUGUGCCUUCCCUUUCGCUCUCUGCGGCACAAGCCCAGUCACUGUCUCAGUCCCUUUCACAAUCACUGUCCAAGAAUGCCAGGCCUCCUACAGGUGCAGGAGAGGGAACCAGAAAAGAGGGAGCAAUUUCAGAGGAUACUAAAGCUGCACUGAAAGCAGCUUUAUUGAAAUCAGCUCUCAGAAAUAAAUCCAGGAGUGAUGGAGGUACGUCUGCACUGGGCAUGGAUGCUGGCGGAGGAGGAGGUAUAUUGUCCUCCCUGUCAUCUGUUUCAGAAUCGCGUCGGCCUGUCACAGCCCAGGAGCGUCAACGAGAACGAGAGGAGAAGAGAAGGAAGAGGCAGGAACGAGCGAGGGAGAGGGAGAGGAAAAUGAAGGAAAAGGAGAGAAGAGAGGGAAAGCAGGGGGACUCGCUGGGCGGGGUUCUGCUGAGCGACAACGACAAAAGCCUUUUGCAGCGCUGGACGAAGAUGAUGGACAGUCGCAAUGAGAAAUCUCUGAUUUCUAGUAACGAUGGAGCAAAGAGUAAAGACUGUAAUGUGACCUCACACAGGGGUGUAGCUGUUCGUGAUAACCUCCAAGGAGCUCUGAACAAUAAAACAGACAAGGACGCAAGGAAGAUUCAGUCUCAUGAACAGUUAAUCUCUCAAGUUAAACCUAACCAGGCAAGCUUGUUUCAGCCUCCCAGCACCCAGCAACCAUCGUUACUCUUCCCCAUGAACCAGAGGAAACCUCCUGCAGAUAUAGUUGUUGCUGUAAGUGGAGGGUUAGAUAUAAUGACUGUCACUAGUGGCUUUGUUAAAAGCAACACGCUCAAACCUCACAAUGAGAGCAACGGACAAAGUGGUUUCAACUGUUUGGGGAAUUGGAGUGGGCAGCAAUUAGACACGAGACCACCCCAGCAACCACAACAAAACAGGAAACAGCAACCUCUACCGUCAAGCUUUCUCCAGCCCCAGCUCCAAACUCAAAGUCAAACCCAACCCGACCCUCAGCCUCAGUCACAGCUGCUGCCGCUGGAGAGUUUCUUAACUAAAGCUCCAACACUAAGCACCAGAGAGACAAAUGGGAAUGUGGAUAUCGGAGGCCAAAAUAACCUCAACUCCCACUCGACUACGAGCACUGGGCCGAUGGAGAAGCUGUGCCCCGCCUCAGGAGAGAAAUCUGGGCCGCAGUCAAAUGCCCUCUGUGGGGCUUUAGGGGUCCCCUCGCAGCCUCAUCCGAGCUUAGGAUUCACAGAUACAGGGCAGCAAGGGCCCUCCAUUGCCCCUGACAUCCACACAGUAACGCUGCAGCUGUCAAAGUCCCAGGUGGAGGACAUUUUACCCCCAGUGUUCUCAGUCACCCCCAAAGGCAGUGGCGCUGGGUACGGUGUGGGCUUUGACCUGGAUGACCUUCUCAACCAGUCUCUCACAGACCUGCAACACUGUGACCGGGACAGUUUCGACUCAGCUCCCCUCUCGGCCUCGCUCUUAUCUGAUUGGAGCGAGGUUCACCGCAUGACUCCAGCUGAUCUGGAAUCUCUGCAGCAAGAGUUGCAGCUCGGCUCUCCCAUGAUCCUCUCCGAUACCAUUCCCCCUGACGCCUGACUUUCCCUUCUCCUGGAAUUGGAAAAGACAACACUUGGAUUUGUGUUAAAGUUAGAUUGUUUUAGCAUGAAAAUCUUGAGUGAAGACUUAUCAAAUUAAUUUAAAUGCUAGCUUUUUUAAUAGGCAC